AUGCCAGACUCGACAUCUGAUCCUGCUGCACUUAUGGUCGUGAACACGCUGCCGUCUCUCAAUCCUCCGCUGUUCUUUGAGAUCGUAGAGGACCAGGUCUACCGAUCCAAUAAGUGCGACGUCUCUUCAUUCCCGUUCCUAGCCACGCUGCAACUCAACACGGUCGUGUAUCUCUCGUACGACGACCUCUCGCACGACUUGGCGGCGUUUUUCACCCAGAAGGACAUCAAUGUGAUCCAUCUCGGGAUGAAAUACCGCACGGCGUCAUCGCAGUGGAAAGGGAUUUCUGAGGGAAUGGCCAAAGAGACGGUUGAGUGCAUCUUGGAUCAGAGACGACAUCCAAUAAUUGUUAUGUGCAAAACGGGCGUGCAUUUUGCUGGAACCAUGAUUGGCUGUCUACGGCGACUCCAGAAUUGGAGCUUGACGUCGACUAUCGACAAGUAUCGGAACAUUGCUGGCAGUGUCAAGACACGAUUUGAAAACGAACAGUUCAUCGAGUUGUUUGACGUGGAUUUGGUCACGCUGCCGCAGCAGUUGCCGUCUUGGUUCACAGUCCACCAGCGACUCAUGGAAGAGGAGCGUAUUGCAUUGACGAAAGGCGAGUACUUUCCAGGAAAAAGUCGUGACAAGGACGAUCAGUAUAAGCAGAUUAGCUCGUUGCACGACGAAAGCGCGGGCGGAACGUGUCAGCUAGAGGAUGACUCGGGCUCCUUACAAACUAUGACAGAUUUAGCAGUUCCGGCGUACCAGAAGUACUACUUCUAUCUGCAAGGCCCGCUUGUGUCUCCGUCCGUGAAGUUUUCGGAGAAGAAGAGCAUUAUCGGUGACGAUGAUGAUGACUGA